CUUCGAAAGCCAAGUUAAUUGGAAAUGGAGUUUCUAAACUGGUCUCCCCUGUACCCGAUUUAGCUUUAUCUUAUCUCUUCCUAGUUCUGAUCACCUCCCUAGCGCUGUCACUUCUCACCCAAGCAAAGAACAAAAGAGAAAACAUGACAAGCAGCAAGCCAACACAUAUCGACCGCAGCACAUUGCUUGCCAGCACCAUUAGCCAAGCCCAGAAGAGGUGGCGCAUAGCUUAUCUAGCUAUCUGCUCGGUCAGGGCAAUGCUUUCUCUCGUAAGAGAGAUGGCAUCAGAAACUAACAGCCAUCAGUGCUCUGGGAUUUUGCACUCUGUUUCCUACACUGUGCUUGAUACGGAGCCAGCCGGUUCCAAAAAUCAGAAGAAAGGGCGUGAAUCGACUUUCAAUAUAUCUGACGAUGAUCAGAUGAAAUUCACUAAAAUGGUGAAGGAGAGAGACUUGGCAUCUCUUAACAAUCUUGGAGGAGUUGAAGGUGUCGCCACAGCUUUUGGGAUAAACUCAAAAACUGGAAUCACUGAUCAUGACGAAGAAGUCAGAAGGCGGCGUGAGAUGUUCGGUCCCAACACUUACCAUAAGCCACCGCCAAAAGGAUUUUUAUUUUUCGCGCUGGAAGCUUUUAGAGACACCACCAUUCUUAUUCUGCUGGUGUGCGCUGCUCUUGCCCUUGGUUUUGGCAUCAAACAACACGGCGUUAAGGAGGGCUGGUACGAAGGUGGGAGUAUCUUUGUUGCAGUCUUUCUGGUCAUUGUUGUCUCUGCGUUCAGCAACUUUAGACAGGAAACACAAUUCGACAAGCUAUCGAAGAUAAGUAACAAUAUUAAGGUUGAUGUUCUUAGAGAUGAAAGGCGACAGCAAAUAUCCAUAUUUGAUAUUGUUGUCGGAGAUAUUGUCUUCUUGAAUAUUGGUGAUCAAAUUCCUGCUGAUGGCUUGUUCUUGGAUGGACACUCUUUGGAAGUGGACGAGUCAAGCAUGACGGGAGAGAGUGACCAUGUAGCAGUCAACACCCAAGAGAAUCCCUUCUUAUUUUCUGGCUCGAAAAUUGCUGAUGGAUAUGCUCGAAUGCUUGUGACAUCUGUGGGGAUGAACACAGCAUGGGGGGAAAUGAUGAGCUCAAUAACUCGUGACUCCAAUGAACGAACACCACUACAAGCUCGGCUCGACAAACUAACUUCUUCUAUUGGGAAGGUCGGCCUUUCAGUUGCUUUUGUAGUGCUCGUAGUCAUGUUAGUUCGUUACUUCACUGGAAAUACAAAAGAUGACAAGGGGAAGAAGGAGUAUAUCGGUAGCAGAACAGAUACGGAUGAUGUGUUAAAUGCAGUUGUACGCAUUGUUGCUGCUGCAGUCACUAUUGUGGUUGUUGCAAUUCCUGAAGGUUUGCCGUUGGCAGUCACCUUAACACUAGCUUACUCUAUGAAGAGAAUGAUGGCAGACCAAGCAAUGGUCAGAAAACUUUCAGCUUGUGAAACAAUGGGCUCAGCCACAGUAAUUUGCACUGACAAAACAGGUACACUGACACUAAAUAAGAUGAAAGUAACCAAGUUCUGGCUUGGCCAGGAACCCAUUGAGGAAGAUUCUUACAAAACAAUUGCUCCAUCAAUUCUUGAAGUAUUCCACCAAGGAGUCAGUUUAAACACGACUGGUAGCGUCUGCAAAUCUGCAUCAGGAUCUGCGCCUGAGUUUUCUGGCAGUCCAACUGAAAAAGCUAUUCUUUCAUGGGCCGUUUCUGAACUGGGCAUGGAUAUGGAAAAAUUGAAGGAAAGUUGUACCAUUCUCCAUGUUGAAACUUUCAACUCAGAGAAGAAACGAAGCGGGGUUUCAAUUAGGAAGAAGACUGACAAUACUGUUCAUGUUCAUUGGAAAGGAGCUGCUGAGAUGAUAUUAUCUUUGUGUUCAAGUUAUUAUGACAGUCGUGGCAGCAUAAAGGCCAUGGACGAAGAUGAAAAAAGUAAAAUCGAGAAAAUAAUCCAAGGUAUGGCGGCUAGUAGCCUUCGAUGCAUUGCGUUUGCUCAUAGACGGAUCACAGAGGAAGGAAUGAAAGACAACGACGGGGAGCCACACCAGAGGCUACAAGAAGAUGGUUUGACCUUGUUAGGGAUAGUUGGGCUGAAGGAUCCGUGUAGACUUGGAGCCAAGAAAGCGGUGGAAAUUUGCAAAGCUGCCGGAGUGAGCGUGAAAAUGAUAACAGGUGACAAUAUUUUCACAGCAAAAGCUAUAGCAACAGAAUGCGGCAUAUUAGAGCUCAAUAGCCAAGUUGACAACGAAGAAGUGGUGGAAGGUGUUGUAUUUCGUAACUACACGCAUGAACAGAGAAUGGAGAAGGUAGAUAAGAUCCGUGUGAUGGCAAGGUCCUCCCCUUUCGACAAACUUCUAAUGGUACAAUGCCUGAGACAGAAAGGUCAUGUUGUUGCAGUCACAGGAGAUGGCACGAAUGAUGCACCUGCAUUAAAAGAAGCAGAUAUAGGACUCUCUAUGGGCAUCCAAGGUACUGAGGUUGCCAAGGAGAGCUCAGAUAUUGUGAUUUUGGAUGAUAACUUUACUUCUGUGGCUACUGUUUUGAGAUGGGGGCGGUGUGUAUACAACAAUAUUCAGAAAUUUAUUCAGUUCCAACUAACUGUGAACGUUGCAGCUCUUGUGAUCAACUUUAUUGCAGCAGUUUCUGCCGGUGAGGUUCCAUUAACAGCCGUUCAGUUGUUGUGGGUAAACCUCAUCAUGGAUACAUUGGGAGCUCUGGCCCUUGCUACAGAGCGACCCACUGAUGAGCUAAUGGAGAUGUCACCAGUGGGGCGAACUGCGCCCCUCAUCACUAAUAUAAUGUGGAGAAAUCUUCUAGCUCAAGCUUUUUAUCAGAUAACAAUAUUAUUGACAUUACAGUUUGCAGGCGAGUCUAUCUUCAAUGUAAGUGCAGAGGUUAACGAUACACUAAUAUUCAACACUUUUGUGCUUUGCCAAGUUUUCAACGAAUUCAAUGCAAGGAAUAUGGAAAAGCAGAACGUAUUCAAAGGCAUUCACAGGAACCAUUUGUUUCUGGGAAUCAUCGCCACUACUAUUGUUCUUCAGGUGGUGAUGGUGGAAUUCCUGAAGAAGUUUGCAAGUACAGAGAGGUUGAACUGGUGGCAGUGGGUGACUUGUAUUGCAUUUGCAGCUGUGUCAUGGCCAAUUGGCUGGUUUGUGAAACUUAUUCCAGUUUCAGGCAAACCAUUCCUCAGUCACCUCAAGCGGCCGGUAGCAACAUAUAAAAGAGUCCUGCAUUCCAUAUACUUCAGAGGAACAUCUUAGAAUGGUGGAAGGUGAAAAAAACAAUGGUAUUGGCCGAGUAGCAUUCGGAAAGCAGCUUGAGAUAAGAGCGUGUUACUGAGCAUUAGAAGCAAUUUACUCAUAAUCCCAGUUCACGAACCCUCUUUCUUAAUCCCAGAUUCAUGAAUGUGGUAGAAAAGGGCUUGUUGAUUGAGAUUAAAGCUUUGUUUAUCUUGCUCUGGUAUUAACGUGACGCACUCUUAAGCUAGCCACUUUCAGGAUACUCCUCCUCCAAUGCCUUGUAGCUUUAUAGUGAUAGAUGAAACUAGUUAUGCAGACUCUUCUUGUAACGUGUAUCGUUUCCUCCUAUGAACUUUUUGUCAGAGUUUCAGAUUUGUAGAGAUACAAAACGUUAGUUCAACAGUAUAUAUCACGAUCGAUGUGUUCAGGACAUUUUUUUUA